AUGUCGGGGCUGCUGAUCGUGAUUGUGAACAAGUGCAUUGUUCGUGACAGCGGUCUCCAUGCCCCUGCCCUGGUCUCGUCGAUGGGUGCCCUGUUCACCGCGAUGUUUACCCGCUUCCUGGUCUUCAUCGGCAAGGUCGAGAGGACGGAGGUGGACUUGCCGCCGUUGGAAUUUGCUCUUCGGCGGGCCUUUCCAGUGGGUGUGUUGACCGCUGCAAGCUUGUGCUUCGGCAACAUGUCCUACAUCUACUUGGAUGCUGGCUUUAUUCAGAUGUUGAAAGCUGGGACACCGGCUCUGCUUCUCUUUAUGCUUUCGGUGUGUAAGAUUGAGAAAAUCAGCCCUUUGGGGGCAAGCCUGGCGCUGACCAUGGUCUGUGGAAGUGCUCUCGCCACCCUUCAGCAGCCGAACAUCAACUCUGUGGGUUUGGUGAUUCAGGCGGCUUCGCAGGCAGCUGAGGUCAUGCAGUGCACUGCAGUGCAAUUCUUCUUGCAGAAGUUGGGUUUUAACGCCUUUGAUGCAGGGUAUUACCUGGCUCCGGCUGUGGCAAUGUGUUGCUUGCUGACGUCCAUGGCAAUCGAGUGGCCAGGGAUCAUUCAGCGCCAGCAGGUUUGGUUGCUUUGCACCCAGUUGCAUUUGUUGUUGGCUUCUGGUACCAUCGGAAUCGUGGUCAACCUGUCAUCGCUUUUGGUGAUCAAAUACACCUCCAGCCUUUUGGCCAAGUUGCUGGUCAUCGUCCGCAGCAGCGCGCUGGUUCUGUUCUUCAUCAUCCGGGGUGAGGAUUUCACCUGGCUACAGAUGGUGGGCUACCUGGUGACCAUCACUGCCUUCAGUGGAUACUCAGCCCUGAAGGCAACGGAGGUUGAGAAGGAACAGGAUGCUGAGAUUCGCAAGAUGGUGUCCAUGGAGGAAGGAAAAGAUGGGGAGCAGGCAGAGGAAGCAGCUCCAUCGUCUUUCCUUCAGAAGCUUUCAACUGUAGACUUGACGUCCUGCUUCUUCUGGUUCGCCCUGCUGAUUGUCGUUGGCUGUGGCUACCAGGCAGGUGUCUUGAGCGUCAUUGAACGGUCUGGAGGCCUUUUCGGUCAUCCCUAUGACCUGGCUACUCUGCAGGUUCCACCUGCUCCGUUCAUCAGCAAAGAGCAUGACCAGGGCUUGGGAGCCCCCGUGUCAUCCUCCGUAAAGGCGCUGUGGGUGGAUGAGGAGCACUUCCUGCUCCAUGCCAGUGAUAGCGCCCAGCUAGUGAGGCGCGAAGAUUCCAGCUACUUGUCCUCAGCCUGGUUAGUCACCUCCAACCGGUUUGGCACCGUUCAACUGCGUGCCUUAUACGAAAAGGAUCAAAGCCGAUGGUUGGACUGCAACUUUCAGCUGACCUUCAAUAGCUACGAGGCGUGUGACUUCUGGAUGACGCCCCAGCGCUAUGAUGCUUGGGGAGCAACAGAGGAGAGGCAUCCGCAGUUCAUCCUGCGACACGCUGGCAGUUACGAGGGGAACAACUCGGUGGUGCAAAACCAGACACGCCUGAUGUGGGGCACGGAUGCAACUCCCUUCCGCGUCUCUGACUGGGUCCCCGAGACCUGUGGUUUUCGUCCACAACCACCGGCACCGGUGCGUUACGAGGAGGCAGCCAAUCAGGUCACGGUGACGAUGAGCACGCACCUGGCCAAGUAUGCGGACAGCAUCAAGUUCCGACAGGUGCUGACCAAUGUCUUCAAACAUCUCAAGGAGGGUGAAUUCUACAUCAAGGAGUUCUUGAUCAUCGAUGAUUGGUACGAUGGCAGGUCUGAGGAUUUGAACGGCAAGCAACAGGGGCCCACGGUGGACGAAAGUCGCCGGGAGAACUUGGCCUUCUUCCCUGGCUGUGUGGGGUUGAACGCAUCCGUCGCUGAAGAGAGGAUGCCACACAAUCGUUGCACAUUUAUCUACCAGUCGAAAGAAGAGAGGGGGCAGGCGCGAGCUGUGAACAUUCUGUUGGAUCUGAUGACCACCGACUUCUGGCUGCACAUUGACAUGGACACGGUCUUCCAGCAGGACUUCUACGUGUCUCGCGCCUUGCAACCCAUCUUCGAGCAGCAGGAGAAGUGUGAAGAGCUGGCCGCGCCGGACACCACAACGACGACCACCACCACCACCACCACCACCACCACGUCAACACAGGUGCUGCUGGAAAUCCCCAAGACUUCGAGGCGUUGGCCCAUGUUUUUCCCGGAGGAUAAGGCAGCCAAGGGCCACAAGAGCCACUUCUACUACAAAGGAGAAGAUUUUUACGUCAGUCAUCGGCGUUUGAGCACUGCAGAGUGCCAGGUGGUUGCCGGUGUUCGUCUGGAACGCUCUCAGCAUGGACCCACCUGGGGUCGUUCGGCACCUCGGGGGGCUGGAAGCUCUCGGGGAAUCGACCCCCCACCCCGUGGAGCCACCACGACUGCCAUGGCUACCAUGGAUUCGGCCAUGGACUUUCCACGCGCUCGCCAGAAGUUGCAGCGGGGUGUCGAGGAGGGACUCCACUACGGAGCUCAGCUGGCAGUCUGUUAUGACGGCCAGAUGGUGCAUUUCUCCGUCGGAGAGGUGGCAGAUGGCAAGGCCAUGACUUCGGACCACGUCUUGUGCUGGAGUUCCUCCGUGAAGCCUUUGAUGUCUAUUGCCUUGGGUCAGCUGCAGGAGAAAGGUCUUGUGGACUUUGACGACCCCGUGAGCAAAUUCCUGCCGAGCUUUGCUGCUGCAGGGAAAGCUUCCGUGACUCUGAGACAUUGCCUCACACAUACUGCUGGCCUAUGGGCCUCGAUGUUCGAUGGGUCAAAGUUGCGGGAGGAUGCCAGCUGUGAAGAGGUGUUGCGGCAUGUGUGCCAGCAACCGUUGGUGGAUGGCUGGCAGCCGGGCAAGCGCUGCGGCUACGACAGUCCAGCAUGGUAUGUUCUGGCUGGUGUGGUGACUGCCGCUGACCCUAGGGGUCGCAGCUAUCCCGACUACGUGGAGGAGGAGAUCUUCGCUCCCCUGGGGUUGGAGAAUUGUUCCAUAGGCUUCAGUCCAGCGCGGCGCGCCAAAUUGGAGGAAGCAGGUCUUAUUGCGCCUUUGUACCUCCGCACCAAAAAACCAUGGAACAUCCUUCCAGAGGAGUCCAAGCCACAGAGGGUCAACUAUCCCUGUCCUGCCGGCAAUGGCCGUGGACCUGCCAAGGAGCUCUGCGCCAUUUACGCCUCGCUUCUGCCGGUCGCGGCGUCCGCGGACAACGCCACAGCGCGGCUGCUGCGGCCGGAGACGGUGGAGCAGCUGACGGCCGUGGCGCGGCGAGGUCUGUUUGACGAGCUGCAGGGGGUUGACACAGACUGGUCCUUGGGCUUUGCAGUGAACUGCAUUCUCUCAGGGCGCCAUGCCUCAGACAAGGCAUAUGGCCAUGGGGGCUCGCAAAGUUCCUGGGCCUUCGCGGAUCCGCAGCACCAGCUCAGCGUGGCGUGCCUCUGCAACGGAAAACCGGGUCCCGAGCAGCACUACCGACGUGUAGGAUUUCUGGCUCGCACAAAACUCCUUUCAACCACGGCAGCCGUUGAUCCACACAUUCCACACCCGCCCCACAGUCCCGUCGCGUCCCGUCCCGGCGCGCUGUCACGUCGCGCCAUGCUGAAGCGGACCUGGGACGCGGCGAUGCAGAGCAUCGAGGGGUUGUCGCCCAGGAAGAUCCAGCCCUAUCCGAGUCCUGGAGGAUACUUGAGAUUGAUCUCAGACGACUCCACGGAGGAAUCGACGUCGCCCAGAGAUUCCACGGAGCUGGAGCGAGCGGCAGCGCAGCGGCUGGCGAGCAGAGCUGCUCAGGUCUUCAUCUUCACCUCAAUGUGGUGGUGCUCUGCCAUCUUGGUGAUCCUACAGAUCAAGGAGGUUGUGUCGUUUCUCUUCCCCUUCCCUUUUGCCUUAACGGCCAUGGUUCAGCCCACCACAGCGGUCUGUGCAUUUCUCCUGGCGAAGAUGGUCCAUGCGAAACGGGCCGCGCCGCCACCCUUGCAGUCCCACGAGAUGAUGUACGUGGUCUUCAUUGGAACGGUGCAGGGCUUCGAGAUUGGCUUGACCAACAAAGCCCUCGAGUAUCUAUCUGUGGCUGGGCGUACCAUGAUCAGUUCCAUGGGCGUGCUGUUCAUGAUGUGCACAGCCAGGCUUUGGGGCUUGGAACGUCUGGGUCUGUUGCGACUCUGCAGUUCGGCGCUGAUGAUUUUGGGAGGUCUUGCGCAAUGUGAAGAUCCUCAUCUCCCAGGGGACAAUUGGUUUGGCAUCUUGAUACAACUCACCUCGAUGCUGUUGAGCGCGCAACGUUGA